AUGAAAGGUGCCAUUUGUGUCUUAAUACUUUCAAUUAUAAACUGCUGCCAUGGAUACAACAUAUUGGUGAUGAUGCCUUUUCCCUUGUAUAGUCACACCAAAUCUUACUUGCCACUAUUUAUUGAAUUAGCAAAAAGAGGACAUAAUAUAACAAUGGUCACUCAGUAUCCACUAAAAGAACAUAUUCCAAAUUUCAAUGAAGUUGUGAUAGAGGACAGUAGGAAAGAGAUUAGAGGAGGCUUGUUUGAUCCACGAGAGAGAAAAUGGUUUUUCUUGAAAGUAUUGGGUUAUAGAGUAUUUUGUAAAUUUUCGCUUGAUAAAGUUUUUGAAUCUGAAGGCAUGAAAACAUUUUUGAAUGAUAGAGAUUCCAAAUUUGAUAUGGUCAUUACUGAGACUUUUUUUUGCCAGGAACCAUUUAUAGCUUUAGGGCACAAGUACGGGGCUAUUCAGGUUUCUGUCCAAACAAUCAACGUAUUCAUGGGCUUAUCUCGCUUAACCGGAAACCCCCAUAAUCCGGCUUAUGUGCCCUUUCCAGCCGUUCCAUCAUCAAAUCACAUGAAUUUUUGGGAAAGAUCAAAAAGUACAUUAGCUAAUCUAAUGGAUUACCUUAUAUCCCAAACUCAAUGGAUAUAUUUGGACUACUAUAUGAGAAAACAAUUUGCAGCAUACCCGGGAUUUGAAAAUUUACCACCUAUGAUGGAGAUGUUUAAGAAUGUUUCUCUCGUUUUAGUUGAUAAUCAUAUGGCAAUAACUUACCCUCGUCCAUAUCUCCCAAACAUAGUGGAGAUUGGGGGAUUAACGAUUAAAGGAGAGGAAAAGCUUGAUGAAGAAUGGGAAAAAUAUUUGAAUGAAUCCGUGGAUGGAGUAAUAUACUUCAGCUGGGGAUCCCAUUACAAAACAGGAAAUAUGAGGCCUCGUGAACUCGCUGCUUUCAUGUCAGCAUUCGGAAAGCUGAAACAAAGAGUACUGAUGAAAGCAGAUGAAGAUACCCUGCCGGGAAAACCUGAUAAUGUAAGGCUGGCCAAAUGGGUACCACAAGCUAGUAUACUAGGUCAUCCUAACGUCCGAGCAUUUGUCAGCCAUGGUGGACUUCAUGGAGUUUUAGAAGGAACUUAUCAUGGUGUUCCUAUCAUAGGAACUCCCAUUUUUGCUGAUCAAAUGAGCCAUAUUAAAUUUUGUGAAGAGGCUGGUUAUUGCAUAUAUAUUGAUCUCAGUACUGUCACCGAAGGAAUCCUCUUAGAUGCUAUUAACAGCAUAUUAACAAAUUCAUCUUAUAAAGAAAAUGCCUUAAAAAGAAGUAAAAUCAUGAAAGACAGACCCCUGAGCAUCAUGGAUAACGCAGUGUACUGGUUGGAAUACGUACUUCGGCACAGAGGAGCUCAUCACCUGAGGUCUGCUGCUGUAGAACUGUCUUGGUACCAAUAUCUCCUCCUUGAUGUGAUUGUAGUUUGGGGGGCAGUCUUUUUCGUGGUUGUAUUAUUGUUAAGGAAAAGUAUUAAAUGCAUAUGUAAAGCUAGGAAAUCAAAAAGUAAAAAAGACUGA